CUCUUGACUGGUACUCGUAAGAGGGAGCACAUAACUCCUACUCUGGCAUCCCUUCACUGGCUCCCCAUUCAUUUUAGAGUUAUUUUCAAGAUCCUCCUCUUUGUUUUCAAAUCUCUGAAUAAUCUCGCGCCACCUUACCUCUCUGAGCUCAUCCGCCCCUACACACCUGCCCGGCGCCUCAGGUCUGCGGACCAGACAUUAUUAGAAGUACCAAGAACUAAACUGAGGCUCAGAGGGGAUCAAGCCUUUUCUGUUGCUGGUCCCUCUCUCUGGAAUGACGUCCCACUGAACAUUCAGCAAGCCUCCUCGCUGCCCAUCUUCAAAUCCCUCCUCAAAAUUCACUUGUAUUCUUUGGCAUUCGACUCAGCAUGACUUAGAUUUGUUCUUGGUUUUACUGUUCCGUGCUUUCUAUCGUCUUUGUUACCGAUUUGUUUUACUGUUUAUUGUAUAUGUUAAAUUGCUCCAAGUACAGCACUUUGUAUACAGCGAUGCUGUUCGAAAGUGCUCUAUAAAUACAAUUGAAUUGAAUUGAAUUGAAUAAUGGCCCUCCAAGGAAAAUGGUACCUAAAAUGUGGCCUGUGUCUUUGACGCCCCUGCAGUAGUGGAUUCAUUUUCAACCGCUAAUAUACAUCAACACCACACCACACCCCUUCUAUUUCACUUUUUUAAACUUUUUUUUAAUUUCCAUUUAUUUUAAAUGGGGAAAAAGAGUGAGUCAAUACAAACCCCAUACAAAGAGGUUUGAACGGAGAUUCAAACAUCUGAAUUAACCUUUGCCUCUGUGGAAGUAGAUGUUGAAACUAUUUUAUUGAUUUCUUUGUUCUUAUAUCGAACCAUUAUGUUUGAUUUCCUCAGAAACCGGUCUACCCCGAGGAUACCAAGCUUCAAAAAAAUGAACAGCUCUGCUGCGUGGUCACCAACUUCGGUCAACACUGUUGUUGCUCACAUUUCUGUGUUCUCGCUCUCAGCCACAUCUCCUCCCACACCCACUAUGCUGAUCUCCUCUGUGGUCACUCCUGACACAACGAGUUGCUCACUAGAUGAUGCGGCUUUCCGUCUGCCGCUAGCUGUUGUCUAUUCCCUAUUGUUCCUCCUCGGCUUAGCGGGUAACCUCUUUGCCUUGUGGGUCUUUGUUUUUGUUCAUUCCAGCCGCAACUCUGUGUUUGUGUUCCUCAUCAACUGUGCAGUGGCGGACUUGGUGCUCUUGGCAUGUCUCCCCUUCCGACUCUUCUACCACGUGAUGGGAAACCGCUGGCUACUGGGACAUGUCGCCUGCAAGAUAGUGGGGAAUCUCUUCUAUAUGAACAUGUACAUCAGCAUCAUGCUACUGGGGCUCAUCAGCCUGGAUCGCUACUUGAGGCUCAAAGGGAAGCGCAGGGAGAGGAGACGCUUGGGGCUGCGGCUGUGCGGGUGCAGUUUGCCGUGGAGUUGGGUGGCAUGUGGAGCGCUAUGGGGCCUGUCUCUGGUGGCACUGGUUCCCAUGAUUGCUACGGCGGAGGACAAAGAGGACAAAGACAAAUGUUUCCAAUUCAAGCGGCGGCAACGUGCCAGUGGGAAAGCCUACUUUAAUGUUGUAGUGGUCAUAUUGUUUUGGUUUGUCUUCCUCAUGCUCGCGGUGUCCUAUGCCAAGAUCGCCUACCGGUUAAUAAAAGUGUCAAGGGACAAGCCAGAACUUCCCAAUGCACUAAGAUAUGAACGUACUGCAAAGAAGUCCUUCUUUGUCCUCUUCCUGUUCAUACUUUGCUUUGUUCCGUACCACACCUUCCGGCCCAUCUACAUUCUCGCCCAGCUUAACACCACAGCAUCCUGUGACUACUUGCGUGUGGUAGAUCACACCAAUGAGGUCAUGUUGUUGUUUUCUGCCUUUAACAGCUGCUUGAAUCCGAUCAUGUAUUUUCUUUUCUCAGGCUCAGUGCGCAAAACUGCCCUCGAUGUGCUCGAAAAACGACUUGGCAAUCGGCCUCUCUUCCAAAAUGAAGCCACAUCCAACAGCUCGACAACAGAGUUCCGAAAGCGUUCAGUACCUUUGGCGUUAACAGAAACUGUGGACCGAAUUUUCACAACUGGUGUUGGCCUUUCUGCUUGAAUUUAAUCCAUAUGCUGAAAAAUUGGCAUCCUUAAAGCACUGAGUUUUAAGAAAGCAAUGAAUCAGAUACCAACACCAAUAAAUGUGUGGUUGGA